AUGCUCCUCGCACCGCUCCUCGGCCUGCUUCCCUGCCCUCCCACCCGGUGGGACGCGCUCGGCGAGCUGACGCCCGCGGCUCCACGCGACUUCCUCGCUGUCGUCACCGCGCCUCCUUCGCUGUCGCCGACUGCUGAGCGCGAGUGGCUCGAGCGGAACCGGGAGUGGCUCAUGGAUGAGCUCGGCGAGCACGGCGCGCUUCACUUCAAGGGCUUCCGCCUCCCUGCCACCUCGGCAGGCUUGCGCGACUUUUGUAGCGCGCUGCCUCUGGUUCCCUGCGCCGACCCUUUGGCGAGCGUCGGCGUCCGCUCCCUCCUCUCCGCGCCGGACGGAGUGUACGAGGCGGUCAACGCCGAGUCCCUCUCCAAGACCUUCAUAGGGCUGCACAACGACGUGACGUACAAGCUGGCGGCUCCCUUCGCCGCCUUUGCGUGCUUCCAGCCCGCGGAGCUCGGUGGAGGCGACUUUCUGCUCGCGGACGGGCGGGCGGUGCUGGCCACCCUGCCUGCCGGAGUGCUGGCCACCCUGCGAGAGAGGCUGCUCUCAGUGCGGGUGGCGUCGAUCCCCUUCGGAUGGCUCGCGGACUUGCCGCUGCCGCCCUCCCUCCUCGCGGCGCUGCGCGGAGCGGCGCUGCGCGUCGUGCCGCUCGAUCUGGCAGUCGCCUUCUCCGCCGACGAGCGGACGCUGCAGAUCCUCGAGCAGCCGAAGGCGCCUGUCAACCGACACCCGGCCAGCGGCGCGCCAACCUUCUUCAGCAGCCUGCACUCGCAGUCGGCGUACCUGCAGCGGCGGCGGGCGGGCGGCGGCGCGGCGGGCGGCACCUUCGAGGGCGUGGACGUCUUUUACGGCGACCUUUCUCCCCUCGAGCCGGCGCUGCUCGAGGCUGUCGACGAGGCGGUGGGGAGGCACGUGGUGCGGGUGCCGAUGGCGACGGGCGAGGUCGUGCUGCUGGACUCGUACCAGGCGCUGCAUGGACGGGACUGCUUCGAGGGCAGGCGCGAGCACGGAGUGGAGCGUGACGGAAUCACAUCCUACUCCGUUACUCCGUGA